AUGCCAAUUCCAUCUACCAAUGAAAAUUUACUAGUCACAUUCUUAGUCAAACCCUUGGUCUUUAUAGUGAAGAUCCCAUUCUUAGUGGUAUCAACUCUUGGCCUUAUUCUUCUUUCUCCAAUUGGUCAAUUAUGCAAGCCUUUACUAUAUUUAUAUCUUGCUGUGUUUUUCAACUUGUCCCAGACAGAAUUAUUGGUUGAUGGAGUUAAGAAGUCAAACCAAUCCACUAUCAACUCGAAGAGACCUAAUAAGGGAGAUAUCAUUUUCGUUAAUUUCUCAUCUCCAUUGGACUCGUUAGUUCUCUACAUUAGCUGCAGAUGUUCAUCGGCUGUUUUUUAUACUAUUAACGAACAGGGACAACUUGCCAAAGUGGGUUCUCCUCUGAAUUGUUUCAAAUUUGCACUACAACAGACGCAUCAAUCAUCAGUUUCGCAUUCUUUGAAGGUUACCGAUCAUAGUCGUGCAAUAUUUGUUUUGGUAGAAGGUACUACGACUAACAAUAGGUCUGUGAUGAGGUUCCCCAAGAAGUUUGAUAUCAACAAGUUUGUGGAAACCAAUACCAACGACCACCGUUUUAAAGCUCUCAGUAUUAAAAUACAUCCCACUGACUUGGCAUGCACUCCUCUACCAGAAUCCUGGUUUACAUUUGUCUAUAAUAACGUUUCAAACUUCCGACUAGACUUGAGGUACAGAAUGAAACUGUUCGAGAUGGACCGGAAAACUGAAAUUACAGAGCAAUCCAUCAGAGAGAGCCUUUCUAACUACGGGAAGCUCAAGUUACUAGGAGAAUACUUGGAUAUUGCCAAAAAGAAGGAGUUUGUACAGUCCUACAGCUGA